CGUCUCUCCUUCAUUCUCCUCCUCCAUCGCUCUCCAUCCGAGACUACACGGUAGGAAAGACGCUCCACUUUCAUUAGACAUCGUUGAUCGGAUCGAAGACCGUGUUGGGGUUCAUCUCCUUUGAAUAGGUUGUCUCUCUUUGGGCCAUGGAUGGGUUGGUGGGACAUAAUAGGGGUAUUUGAGCAGCAGUGGUAAUAUAUGGCUUCCUUCCGAGCAUUCUUGAACAGUCCAGUUGGUCCAAAAACAACUCAUUUUUGGGGACCUAUUGCCAACUGGGGAUUCGUUGCUGCUGGGUUGGCGGACAUGAAUAAACCCCCAGAAAUGAUAUCUGGCAACAUGACAGCAGCUAUGUGUGUUUAUUCGGCCCUGUUUAUGAGGUUUGCAUGGAUGGUUCAGCCUCGCAACUACCUUCUUCUCGCAUGCCAUGCCUCAAAUGAGACCGUGCAGCUUUAUCAACUCUCCCGUUGGGCAAAGGGUCAGGGGUACUUGCAGGAGAAGAAAGACGAAGCUGCAUCUAACUGACUUGGUGCUGCCUUCUUCUACUUUGCUCGAUCAGCGAUUUCUGUCGGGGUUCCUGGAAACCACUGCCAUCUUGUGUCAGACUCCUCUGAAACACUUCACUUUCAAUUUUAUUGCAUGUAUUAGCAGAACCAAGCAGAUCACAGUCGAAUGAAUCUUGAUUCCUAUUGUGGCUUUGCUUUGAUGGCAAUUAAUAAAUCUGUAAGAUAGUAGUAUUUGAUCCAUGAUUUCAUUACUGAAAUGUAGCACUGCCCAGAGAUGAAUGUUGAUUUUCCUCCUCUGUGAAGCCUUA